ACACACACACACACACACACACACACACACACACACACACACACACACUGCGCCGUAUAAAUGCCAACAGCUGAUCGCAAGACGGCACACUCACGGGAACACCUCGCGGACGUUGCAGAAAGAGAGAGACCGAGGGGAAGAGAGAGAGAAGAGAGAGGGAUACAGAAAGAAGGAAGCUGUUGAUCCAUUUGGCCGCAGGGAAUCUUAUUGUGAUUUUUUACCGACCUGAGUAGUUGUCAUUUACGGGAAUUAAGGACUAUUUCUGCGGGAGGGAGAGGGAAGAGCAAGGUGUCCGACAUUUUUUGAAAGCUUCCAAAAUCGUCCUCUCUUUUUCUCCCCUUCCUAUUUUCUUCGCAUCCCUUCCUCCUCCUCUUCUUUCUCCCUCAUCUCUUCUUCCUCUUCUUUAAAGGAGCCCGGGACCACUGCACGCGCUACAGGGUGCCUUCCACCGACUGUUAUGUUUUUUAUUUUAUUUUUUUGACUGCUCACGAGCCUCUGCCCCCUGUCCGCGAGCACAGAGUGCGCGUGGCACCCCCGGUGGGAGCUGUCCGGUGCUGAAGUUGCAUUUCUCACCCUCUCUGCACGAGGACUAAAGCAGGGAGACAGAGGACAGCCAGAAAGACAGAAACAGAAAAGAAAGACUAACUAAGCGUUGGUUGAACGUCCAACUAUUUUACCGGAUCAACUCACAGCUCGCGCUUCCUCCAAAAUCUGAAGACAAUCUUCCUCCGGUUCGCCUGUCUUGUUGGUGUGUAACGGGCGAAUCAGCACGCUGGCCAGGCCGUCGGCAAACGGCUGUGUUUGUGAGUGUGUGUCGUUGUGUUUGUGAGAGUGUGUGUGUGUGUGUCGGUGUCGCACCACCAUGCCAAGGUCGUUCCUGGUGAAAAAGGUGAAACUAGAUGAUUUCUCCACCGGAGCGGAUUUGGAGAACGUCUACCGGCACAGGACAGACCUCAGCCUGCGGCUCCAUGACAAAGCUGGUUACAUCAGUGACUACAUCAGCCCUGUUGUGUAUGAUGGUGAGAGUGACGGUGGGAUCAAGGUUCCCUCCCCUGACCCCCUCUACGAUGGUAUCCACAGUGACUACGGUGCCCCUGACUCUGAGUCUCCUGACAGUCCUGGCUCUGAAAUCACUGACGGUUACAUCAACGGUGAUGCUGCUGUGAGUGAGGGUUACACAGUCGAUGCCUUCUUCAUCACCGACGGCCGCUCGAGGAGGAAAGCUAUCAGCAGUCCCAGGACCAUCCAGAGGCACACCUGCAAUGAGUGCGGAAAAACCUACGCCACGUCUUCCAACCUGAGUCGGCACAAACAGACACACCGCUCGCUGGACAGUAAGCUGGCAAAGAAAUGUCCAACCUGCGGUAAGGUGUAUGUGUCCAUGCCCGCCAUGGCCAUGCACCUGCUCACUCACGACCUCAAGCACAAGUGUGAUGUGUGUGGGAAAGCGUUCAGUCGACCCUGGCUUUUACAGGGCCACAUGCGCUCUCACACAGGUGAGAAGCCAUUCGGAUGCGCCCACUGCGGGAAGGCCUUCGCAGACCGCUCGAACCUGCGCGCUCACAUGCAGACCCACUCGGCCUUCAAGCACUUCAAGUGUAAACGCUGCAACAAGACCUUCGCACUCAAGAGUUACCUGAACAAGCACUACGAGUCUGCCUGUUUCAAAGGCCCCUUCUCUCCUCUCGGCCCCCUAGAUGAAUGACCCCCUGCAUAGAUAAAACAAUAGACAAAACUGCAGACAUAAAUUACCAUUAUCCCUACAGACUGAACUGCAGACACAAACAAUCUAUUUUUGGUCAGAAGAUGACCUUGCUUUCCCUCCUCCCCCUCUCACACUUUCCCCACCUUGCUUUCCAUUGGAGCCUAUUCAUGAUGAUGAAGAUAGCACAAUUUUUCUCCUUGAGAUUUGCCCACUUAAGGAUUUAACUGAUACGCAUGCACUUCCUCAAAAACUCUUCACCGCCUCUUCCGCCGUCUGUUCUGGAUGGAGACAAUAAUACUAACACGGCUUCCUUCUGGCAUCUAGCUACAGUAUGGCAUCAUAUAUUUUAGGACACUGAUGAUGAUGAUAAUGAUGAUGAUGAUGAUGAGGAUGAGGAUGACGACAAAGACAUUAGUAAGACUAUAGCUACUGGGUUCCUCCCUGCACUGAAACGCAGUGAAAGAGUUAUUCCUUCUGAUUUUGUUUUUUGGGGGAAUAAUAGUAAUAAUAAUAGUAAUAAUAAUGAUAAUAAUAAUGUUCUGCUGCACCAAGUGACCAUAUUCUCUCCACUACUGAGGUAAAAAUACUAUUUAUUUACUUAUUUAUUUUAGCUUUUUGCUUGUCCUUUUUUAUUUGUUGUAUGUUUAUAUUUGAUUUGAUAACAAUGAAGUGAUACUGUUAACUUAUUUGUUGCACUUUAAUUUCUGUAUUUGGAUAUCUGCCAACCUCUUUUUAUUACUACAGGCCAAAGCAUAUGUCACUUUUUUAGUACUAUUUCUUUCCUAUUAUAUUGUUUACCUUUUUUCUCAUUAACAUUAUUGCAUGCAAAAAAAAAUAAUGAAAUCUAUGCCAACAUCAUAAAAGCUUAUGAUUUUUUGCCAAAUUCCUAUAGAUAGAACCUGAGGGCAAUAUUUUUCUCUUGGAGCCUCCGUACGACUCUUUAAAAGCAAUAAUCACCUAAUGCAUGGUAUUUUAUGAUGAAGUAUUACCUACUACUGUAUAGCAGUUUAAAAAUCAGGUAUGUUUUACUUCACCUAUAGUCAUAAACAGAAAAAGACUAAUAUUACAGACAUCAGGGAACAUGCCAAUGUAGUGUUAGAGUAACAAAAAGAAAAGUCCUGUCUUAACUCUUUUGUUAUGCACUGCCUGCCUCUUAGUGAGUAGAACUAAUAUAGGAUGUAGGCUAGGGAGGCUGGGAUCAGCUGCCUGCUGGGUGUGAGGCCUAUUGUAGGAUAACUGUAACCCUGACAGACCUGUGCUUGGCUAACUCUAGCAUGAAAUAAGUCUGCUAACAAUAACCAGGGGAGGCCUAACUUUGAAUUAGGCCUCUCAACAUGUAUUGGAUUAUUGGUCAUUCAUGAAAGUUCUAUAGUUUAUUAAAGAUACUGGGAUGUUAAAAUGGCACCUAAAUGUGUUGAAAACAUAUUUUCUGUGUCAUGCAGCCAAAUAACAAUAGGCCUUUAACAUACUUUUUUAUAACCAUAUUUGUUCUCAUACAGAUAAACAAUAAAAUAAGGUUAAUACAGCAAUCAGAUUGCACCGAGAUGUGCACCAACCUAAAAUGAUAGUAAGCAUAUGGCACUUAGCAACUCUCAGUAUGCUUUCAAUAGCAAACCAAGUCAAAGUUUGGUGCAUUUAAAUGCAAUACAUUAUUCAACUAUCCUUCCAGUGCACUUCCAAACCACAAAGCGUGCAUUCUUAAACCACAGAAAAAGCAUUCACUUUAGCUGGAAGGUCCGAUUGCAGCUUAAUUGUUACAGUCCAAUAGACACACAAGGCCAAGCACUGAUUAUUCUGCAGUAGGCCCCAUUUAACCCUACUGGGCCGACCAUGGGCUAACUCUAUGAGUGAUACACCUACAGACAGGCUAACUCUAAUCAACCCCAACCCAUAGAUUGUUAAACCUUUGAUCUAGGUGGCCAAUGCCAGUGUUGCUGAACCCAGUUCUCUGCAGCUCAGAAACCUUUUUCUACAGAUUCAUGGAGCUUCCUGAGAGACAGACUGAGGACACAGAUCUGCACAAAACAUAAACUGCUUGUUUAUAUGCCAUAUGUAUUCAUUGUAACCUUGCAUAGACACAAGUGCAUGCCCACACAUGCGAGCACACAGUGCUUGCUGAUGAGAUGUUGUGGGAGACACACGGAGAAUCUGUGGCUACAGUCAAGCUUCUAACAAUUGAAAAGAAAUGAGUUUAAUAAUCAGAUGUGAAUCUCUGAUAAAGGCAGAUUUGAUAAUUACAGCGCUUCCUCAGGCAUGAUAUCAGUCAAUUAGAGAUUGGGUUGACUGAUAUUCAACACCAUUAAGGGUUUUAGGGACAAAAGGCGAGUCUGCACUGAUACAUAGAACUAUUACCUAAUUUCAUUCACAUCUCAGAGAUAAAGUUAUAGGACCUGUAUUUCAUCAAAGGCAGAAAGAUUGGUUCUGAAGUAAAAAAAAGAAAAAAGUCAACAUUUUGUAAUGGAAGUCUUGUGUUACAGGAGACGAUAACAAUAUUUAAGUCUUUUACAAAGAAGCUUUUUUUGUGUGAAAAAUGUAGCUCACAAGUCAAAAAGAAAGAGGCGGUUUCUGUUGUGACUGAAGCAAUCAGUAUGCGAGUCAGCAAAUUACAAGACUUAUCUCUCUCCCUGGUGUGUGAACAAGAUUCAAGCUGCAAUUACUUGAAUUGUAUCAGACGAUUAGUCAUAGAGCUUCAACUUGUUAGGGCUGAAAUGUUUGACUUUGUCUUUUUAUCAGUGAUUUUAAAGCCUCGGCCAAAAUACUCACAAUAACUAGUAGAUAAUAAACAUUAAAUUAAGUGUUUUUAAACACAAGUACUACGCAAAUACAAUUCCAAACGAACAGCAUAAGUAUGGCUAAGAGACCAUAUAUACAUAGAAAACAAAAUAUAUAUACUUUCAUAUUUCUUAAUACAUCUAGGAGACAUCAUUCCCUGGUAGAGAAAUACAUUACAAUAUGAUAUUAUUUUAACCACCUGAUCAGUGUGACGGGUACAAAGUUGCUAAACAACUGGCAGCGGUGUCUCCAGUUGUUGUUUACGUAUCACAAAUUGUAUCAUCGUGUUUUAAAACACUUUGCAACUUUGCACUGCAGUCCAAACGUCUUAAGGCUAUUUGGCUAAUGUUGUUGUUAGGUGGCUGUUUAGUGGUUUUGAGGCAGAAAAUCUGUGUGUGUGUGCGUCUGUCUGACUGUGUCUGUCUCUAGGUGAGCUCCAGGUCUGGUCUCUCUAAGCACUUCCAUUCUAGUCAUCUCCACCUUGAAGAAAGUAGCACAAUGAAACUAGAAUUCAGGUAGAGAAGAAUUAAAAACCUUGUACUAGCUUGACCUCUCUUCUUUUUUUUGUAUUUCCAAGUUAAAGAAUGAUGAUAACCUAAAUAAUCAUUUAUUGCAAGAGGGUUUGUAAAGAAUCCUUUGGAUUGAGACAUUUUUACUGCUGUAUAGCGAUAUCUAACACACCUUAUCUCAGAAGGUUUGGCUCUCUGUUGCAGAGAGAGGAUCUCCUGGGGUUUUUUGAGCCAGAAUUCAGACAAUGUAAGCACAAUGAACACAAAGCAUUUUGUGGCACUUCAUAAUAAAGAAUAAUCUUAACCAAC